AAUGCCCUAGUUGUACAGAAGGACUUCGCAAAAUUACCGCCAAAGCUCGAUGCAAUCAGCUACGCCAUUCGCAUUCAUCAAGGUUUGGAAAUGGAAUGGAGCGUCGACACAAAUCUGCCAGAGGAAGUAAAAACUUCACCAACUUCGUUAGCUACGUUACAACCAAUACUGCGCCUUGCCGUGAACAAUGUCUUAUUGACGAGUAGCGACGCAGCCAGCGCUCAGAAUUUGAGGCUCUUUCUUCCAGUGCUACUUCUGUACAAGAGUGAGGACCACAAAGUCUUCAAAAAGCCUGCCAUAUUGUCAGCUCUCAUGACAUCAAUUUUCAACAGUAUGUUGCGAUUGCGAGCCACGACAGAGUCAGAGUUAGACGAGAAGCUAGUUCUAGAGCAGCACGAGAAGCUAGUCGACAUCGCAGCAUAUGUGCAGAAAGAGUUCCCCGGAACGGGGGCUUCGGUAGUCGCAGGCAGUAUUGGAAAGUUUCCGCUAAAUCAAAUAUUGGAUGCUUUUUCAUCUUCCGGCUCCUCAGAGGGAUUGGGAUUCCUCAUUGCUAGAGGAGGACUAGAUGAAGAGUGGUCGCCCUCUAGUUCAGCUGUUUCCGAAGCUGUAACGCAGAACAACACGAAAGCUCUGCAAGAGGAGAUCGAUCUUGCACAUUCUGAACAACUUCGGCGUCUAUUGAAAGAAAAAGUCGCUAUUGUAGAAGCAAAUACAAUUCAAGCAAAGGCACAGCUAGAUUCUGUAGUUUCUGACGGUAAGGGGGAUUUGUUGACUACAGCUGAUCGCUCACAAGCUGUUUUCCAAGCCUUAGAAGGAGAAAUUGACGCUCUCUUUGCGAGCAGUGCAGCUGCCAGAGUGCUGGGUAUUGGCACCAGCGCGCUUGCUGCAGAUGUACAUGUAGCAGGCCAGUUGUCCUCACAAGAAAAGAAUGCCUUACUUCGAUCUCUACAAACAAAAAUGAACCAUAUUCUCAUGGAGAAGUUGACGCAUCCUUUGACUGUCUGGGUGCGCACAGAAGUGGCGAAGACUAGCUGUGGCUUUGGAUCUGCUGCCUUAGUAGAACAAGUGCUCUCUCCCAGUCCCAACACGACUGGCGGAGGUGAUCAGUCAGAGCGAGACCCACGAGCAGGAGAAGGAGUUGCUGUAGAAGCUAAUAUCGCGAAGGUUCAACGGUUUGUGCAAAGAGCUGCUUUCGGACAACAAGAUGGAUCGCCAGAUGGCUCGCGUAACUUCUUUUCGAAAAUGAAUUUGGGAGCUCAGUCAAAGACCGCCGCUGAGAGGCAGCAAAAAGAGAAAGCAGC